AGCUGGGGAGGGCUGGGGGAGUGCUGCCAAAGUGGCUGUCCCUGCACACGUGCGCCCGGCCUCGCUCUGCUCGGCUGCGGAUCGGGUGCACGGAGGGGACUGGGAGAACAGGGGGAUCACGGAGCGGUCAGGUGAGUGCUGUCCUAGGGCUUCAGCUGAGAGAGGGCAAAUAAAAGCGUCGCUGCUUUACCUGGGACCUGCGGCAGCAUGGACGUUCCUACAAGUGUGGGCAGCUCGGUGCGUGCCGCAGCCCUGGGGACUUUGCUCCAGGGCUCCACGUGCUCUCCGAUCUUCGGGGCGAGGGUUGGCGAGAGGGGACCCCCCAUUCCCACCCCUGGGAGCCACAUGUUGGUGACACCGAGCUUGGAAAGGGGGAUGGCGACGAGGACACCCAUGCAGGGCGGCCUCCCAGCUGACACCGAAACGGGGGUCGCAGCACCCCGUUGUCACCCCCGUUGGGACGCGGUGACCCAGCGCUCACCCGUGCCACGCUCUCCCAUCCGGUGCCUCCAGCAGCAGUUGCGCCCGCUCUGCAGAUGGAGAAACUGAGGCAGAGCUGCAGCCGCGGGGCAGGUUUCCUUGUGGGCGCCCCUGCUGAGUCAGUAGGGCCGGGGUGGGGCCUGGCUCCCGCUGCGCCCGGCUGGGAUAACGGGGAGGAAAUCACUUUUGCAUAUUUGAUUACAACGCACAGGUCACCAGCGGGGCCGCCGCUUGUGAAAUGUGGCAAUGCCACCGGGCGCCCCGGGGGGACGGGAGGAGGGGGAGCCCCAGCCGGGGGGCAGGUGAGGGGCGUGGGACCGGGGGGACGUGUGGGGCUGUGUGGGGAACGUAUGGGCUCACCGACAUCGGUUUGUUCCCACCAGGUGUCGUGCCCUUCGUGGCCCUGCUAUUGCUGCAGAGGAGGCCGGUGGCCGGGCGGGCGCUGCUGGGGACGGGCGCUGCGUGUCCCACCAACGGGCUGUGCCGGGCCAAUGUCCAGGAGCAGACCCGCAGGCAGGUUGCGCUGCUCAACGCCACUGCGCAGGACCUCUUCAGCCUCUAUCUGAAGUGCCAGGGAGAGCCGUUCAGCAGCGAGAGCGACCGCCUCUGCACCCCCAGCGGCAUCUUCUUCCCCCCCUUCCACGUCAACCGGACCACCGAAAGGAAGGAAGUGAUGGUGGCCAUGUACAAGCUCUUCGCCUUCCUCAACGCCUCACUGGGGAACAUCACCCGCGACCAGGAGGAGCUCAACCCCACGGCCAAGGAGCUCCUCGACCGCCUCCACAACACCACCAAGACCACUCGGGGCCUCAUCUCCAACCUCACCUGCCUGCUCUGCAAGCACUACAACAUCUUCCAGGUGGACGUGAGCUACGGGGAGAGCAGCAAGGGCAAGAGCGCCUUCAAGAAGAAGCAGCAGGGCUGCCAGGUGCUCAGGAAGUACGUGCAGGUCAUCGCCCAAGCUGCUCGUGUCCUCCUACCUCACCUCAGCCCCGCAUGAGCCCCGGCCCCUGCGCCACGCCGCGACCGGGACAGCGGACAUCUCCUUGCACCCAUCUCACAGAUGGGCACGGCGAGGCCCCACCACCUCCUCACCUCUCGCCUUCCUAUUUAUUACCUCCUGCUGAUGCUGCACAGGAUCCGGGCCAUCCCAUGCUUUAAUUUAUUUCCCCGUUCAGGGGAGGACGCGGGCAUGGGGCUCUGUCCCCCGCACCCUGGAACCCCACGAGGAUGCUCAGCACCACAGCUUGGGGCUCAUCACAGUCAUAGUGAAAAAUCAGGAGGAGGCGACCCGCUCCCAACGGAUGCCCUCCAGCAUCCAGCAAAAGAGACUUUCCCCUCCUGGAUGCGUUCACACCCACCGCAGCCAGCAGGGAUGCUGGGCAUGCGCUCCCACCAUACGCUAUGGGGCCGGCACCCCUACAAAUGGGGCUGAACUGAGGGUGUGCGGUGGCCUGGGUGUGGGCUGGGACCGCCACCCAAUGGGGACAGGGAUGUGGUGCUGGGGAGCACCCGUGGAUGUUGGCAUGGCCCGCUGGCACAGACGGGGUCUCAGCCAGCAUGGGGACUCAGGGGCCGAGCCUGGGGUGGUGGCAGGAGGCGCUGGCUCGUCCCUGGCGCCGGGGCGGGGGCCGGGGGUAUUUAUAGGC